AUGGUGAAAGCUGAAGGUGAUCUGGUCUCAGAGAACCUGGUGGAUCAUGAUGGUCACCAAGCUGUUGAAAAUAUGAUGGACUCCAUUCAUCAUGGUGAUGUUGAGCAUGAAAGUGCAUCAGACAGUGAUUGGUCAGCUGACCAGAGGCAUGACCUUAAAUGCAAACAAACCCUGAGAGAAAUCUGUGCUGGCAAUUAUGAUACUGAUAUCCAUCCUUCCACACCCCCUCUCCCUUCUCCAUCCUCAUCAGAAGAAGAUGGAGCUGCUGAUACCAAAGGCAACACUGACAGCUCUGUGACCAGGAGGCAUAGGGAAGCCAAAGGGAAAUCUCAUGCCCUAGCCAACACAUCCUCUGAAGAUGAGGAUGGACCUAGUGACACUGGAGACCUCCCUGAUGGCUUGGAGAUGACCAGGAUGCAUAGGAUACCAAAAGGACAACAUCAUGCCUUCUGCAAGGUAGUAGUCACACCCUCUGCACCUACCCUAGCCAGUGACCUCAGUCAAUGUGAGGAUGCAUCCAGUGCAGAAGCAGGCUUACCACACUUCAAACCAGGGCAGCUUCCCUUGGAAGCCAUACAAAAGGCACAGGCACUUGGCAUGUGCACCACUCAAGAAGCCCAGGUGAUUGCAGAUGAGUAUGGCAAGACUCUUUGGUCAACCAUGAAGUGGACUGAUGAUCAGAUUGAGCUAUUUCACCACAGUGAUGCAAGGAUGUGUGACAUCCCACUUGUGGUGAACACAUUGAACUGGCACCUCCAUGUUCUUUCUGAUUCAGAUGCAUUUGUUAAGGCCCUCCCUAAAGGUGACAAGUUCAAGGAGAGAAGUGCCCCUUCAUCUUUCCCUGACCAACCUGUGCAAGGAUGA